CCCCACUUCAUCUUCUACCCGCGCCUCUACUCUAGGUUUUCCAGAUCUCCCAAAACCCUAGCGUUCUCCCCUGAAAAGUGAGAGGUUAAAGAGACAGCGCCGUAGCUGUCCGCCUUGACCGAGCCCUAAGCUUCGUUCUUGGCCCUCGAUUUUCCGCCCCACUAAUCCUCUCAUCUUUUCACUAACCCCCACCUUUAGGUUUCACCCAUCGUCAACAAUGGGCAAGCUCUCCAAGGCCGAGAAGAAGAUCAACUACGACGCCAAGCUCUGCAAGCUUCUCGAGGACUAUGGCCAGGUGCUCAUCGUCGCCGCCGAUAACGUCGGCUCCAAUCAGCUCCAGAACAUCCGCAAGGGUCUCCGCGGCGACUCCACUGUGCUCAUGGGGAAGAACACCAUGAUGAAGAGGUCCAUCAAGAUUCAUGCUGCCAAGACCGGUAACGAUGCUUACCUCAACCUCGUCCCCCUCCUUGUGGGUAAUGUUGGUUUGAUCUUCACCAAGGGUGAUUUGAAGGAAGUCAGUGAGGAGGUUGCUAAGUACAAGGUUGGAGCUCCUGCUCGUGUUGGUUUGGUUGCUCCUAUUGAUGUCGUUGUUCCUCCUGGCAACACUGGUCUCGACCCAUCCCAGACAUCUUUCUUCCAGGUGCUUAACAUUCCAACCAAGAUUAACAAGGGUACUGUGGAAAUCAUUACCCCUGUUGAACUUAUCAGGAAGGGUGACAAGGUGGGGUCUUCUGAGGCUGCCCUUCUUGCCAAGCUUGGGAUCAGGCCAUUCUCUUAUGGUCUUGUUGUCCAGAUGGUGUAUGACAAUGGAUCUGUCUUCAGCCCAGAGGUGCUUAAUCUUACUGAGGAUGAUCUUAUGAUUAAGUUUGCUUCUGGUGUCUCCAAUGUCACAGCAUUGGCACUGGCCAUUUCCUACCCAACAAUUGCAGCUGCACCACAUAUGUUCCUCAAUGCAUACAAGAAUGUGUUGGCAAUUGCUGUGGCUACUGAGUAUUCCUUCCCUCAAGCUGAUAAGGUCAAGGAGUAUCUCGAGGAUCCUUCCAAGUUUGCUGUUGCCGUGGCUGCUCCUGCCGCAGCUGCCGGUGGUGGGGCUGCCCCUGCUGCAGCUGCAGAGGAAGCGAAGAAGGAAGAGCCUGCUGAGGAGUCCGAUGAUGACAUGGGUUUCAGUUUGUUUGAUUAAGUAGUUAUGUUUAAGUAAUUACUGGUUAACAAGACUUUGACAAUGACGUUUGUAUUUUGUUCUGCGGGAAUUAUCAUUUCCUGAAUUAUGCUAUGAUUUUGAGAUUGUUAUGUUUUGGUAUUUGAGGAUUUAUUGGUAUUGUUCAUUAGUUUUA